AUGACGAGUAUUUUGACAUCCCAGAAGAAGGAUAUAACUUAUCCACAGGCCGUCGGAUCAAAGUUAUAUAAAAAGCUUCUACGUGAUGGUUAUAAACAUUUCGAAGAUCUUUCAGAUUAUUUGGAAGAUGCCCCACCGAUAGAUAUCGGCGAUUAUGGUACGAUCUAUCCCUUAGCUGGUUUCUUCCAUCCCGCUUUGAUUCCUCCUAUUUCAACUUUAAUGAAAAGUAGAGAUAUAUGUAAAAGAUGUCCUAUUUCUAUAGCGAACGUAGUUGGAGGAGGGAUUAACAUACUGGAUAUUGAAAAAAAUGGACAAACCGCAUUACAUAAUCUGAUUCAGAUGGGAUAUCCCGAUUAUAGCUUAUCUAAACUACUGUAUUAG